UGCGGAUGGAUACAUUCAGCGAAAAUGCGCUGAAUAAGGCGACGUCGAAAUAAACAAAGAAUCCGAAGCUGGAAAUUCACGAGCGCUUCUGUAACUCACGAACAACAUUACAGGCGACGCCAACAAAGCGUUAUCUCGUAGUUCAAACGCAAAAAUCUACUCAAAAAGUGUUUUGACUGGCUUGACUCGCAGUCCUCGAUAAGGGAGUAAUUCGGCGGCAGCAGCGCCGCUCGCACAGCGCCAGAGAGCAGAGCGUGGAGGAGAAGAGCGAGCGACCUCCGUCUCCACAGCGGUCUCCAUUUUAACUCCUCGCCCAGCCUGCGCCUCACGUGUCCUGGACUGUCUUUCUCACAUGACCCGCGUGUUUGUCCCCGUGAUCAGCACUUCCAUCUCCGUAUUUCAGUGUCGCUGAAUAUCACGUUUUAAAUCGCUUACCUUCAUGGAUAUGCUCGAACAGAGCCUGGACGCGCCGACGAGUCACGAGAAACAGGAAACUGAGGAGGUUGUUCAGCUGCAGGAAGGAGAGGGAGUGGGGGUGGAGGAGCAGACAGCAGUUACCAUAGCGAAUGCCCAGCAAGCUGCAGUAUUUACUACUGACCACAAUGUCCAGUACCAAUUCCGCACAGAAAACAGUGGAGGCCAGGUGACAUAUCGUGUUGUCCAGGUAACAGAAGACCAGUUAGAGGCAGCUGGAGAUGGAAGUGCUGCAGUCAGUGUGGUGUCCACAGCUGCCUUUGCUGGGGCACCGCAGGCAGUUGCACAGGCAGUUAUCCAGAACCCUUUCAGUAAUGGAGGCAGUCCUGCAGGAGAGACGGUUGGUGGAGAGACGCGUUUUGCUUAUUUUCCAGCAGCGACUGUCAGCGAUGGUACGGCUACCGCUGUUUCAGUUCAGGCAGCUACCGAUACCACCCUCGCGCCAGCUGGAGGUCAGUUUUACGUGAUGAUGAGUCCUCCUGAUGUUUUACAAACCGGCACACCACGGACUAUUGCCCCCCGCACUCACACUUACUCCACAGACUUUGGCGAAAACGAGAUGCUUCAGCAUGGCAGUUCAAACUGGAAGGUGGAUGGCCCAAGAGCGCCCCGUGAUGAGAGGAGGAGAGCGCAACACAAUGAAGUGGAAAGAAGAAGAAGAGACAAGAUCAAUAACUGGAUAGUCACACUGUCCAAGAUCAUUCCAGAUUGUAACAUGGACAACACAAAAACUGGAGCGAGUAAAGGAGGUAUCCUGUCUAAAGCAUGUGACUACAUUCGAGAACUCAGGCAGAACAACCAGAGGCUGCAGGAGAGUUUCAAGGAGGUGGAGAGAAUACAGGUCGACAAUGAACUUCUACGACAACAGAUCGAAGACCUGAAGAAUGACAAUGCACUGCUCAGAGCCCAACUUCAACAGCAUGGCCUUGAAAUCAGCGGAGAAGCUACUUCGCAGUGACUGAUGGAGACACACACUUGUGCAGCUGAACUGUGUGAUGAAAGAACACCUCAGUGAAACACACUCUCACGCUCCCAUCACAGACUUGAGAUGUUAAGUAACUUGGUAGAAUAAGAAUGCUUGUUUGAUAUUAACACACAUUGCUCAAGAAAGACUAUUGGACAGUAGUUUAAAAAUAAUCACUGUAUUUAAAGAAAAAAAAAAAAGAAGAAGAAAAAAAAGGAAAAAAAAAAAAGCACACGUCUUUCCUCAUCUCAUCAUCUCUUCCAUCUGCAAGAGCUUGACCUACCUGGACUCAGCAACGCACGGAGUCUCUCCCCGCUACCUGAAGUAAAUCUCGCUUGCAUAGGACUUUGUUGUACUUUCAGUUUUUUUUUUUCAGAUUGAUCCAUUGAAAUGCUCAACUAUGCCUCAUAAUCAUUUUUGGUUGAAGCUAUGAGAUUUAUUUUUCCUGUUUUUUCCUAUUUUUCUGUUUUUUUUUUCUUUAUGGCAUUUCAUUGUAAAUGUUACUACUGUUUCCAGCAUGAUGAGAGGUUUCUUUUUGUCUGCAUUAUUUAUUAGCAUACAGAGAAAUGAAAGUGCACAACUGAGGACGUAAAACCUUGGUUGUAAAGCUCAGUUGUUUUUUUUUGUUGUUGUUUUUUUUUCAUUUUCAAAAUGAAUGACAGCAUUUUUUUAAAAAAGAAAAUGUGUGGCUGAGCCCAUCUGAUGGAUGUUUUUAGCAAUUUCUGAGAUGAAUAUGUUAUAAGAAGUAGAUGAGAGCUGCGGUGUAGGGGUAGUUUUACAUCAGGGCAAAUGCUUUUGCAGUACUGAUGUGGUUAUAAUUUUAACUACCUGUUUGUUUAUUACUCUGUGUGGGUAGGAUAUAGAUGGCAAAAAAAAUUACCUUGAAACUGCAGAAGUUAUAUAGUUGAAGCCUACUUAUUGUAUAGGGUCAGUAUGUGAUGAAGGAAAGAUAUAUUAAUAGCUCAGGGUUAGAGAGAGAGGCAGGGAAGUAAUAUGUGUUGCCCCACAUUUUCACACAUACAGCUCACAGUACUGCUGGAUAAAUAAUAAGAAUCUGAAAAAUGUAUGUUCUCAUUACUCUUUCUUGAGUCAAUCCCCUGCAAGACACCAGUCCCUAUGUGAAAAAAAAAGUUCACUAGUCCAGUUCAUAUUGCAGAGGGUGAUGAAGUUGACACCUGCCUGCUCUGUCUUUAAUUUAUAUCCACUCUGGUCUGUCUUUGAUCAUUCUUAUGAGUUUCUGAAAUUUUACCAAGUGGAGAAUGUUUUACUUUAUUUUUGUAUUUUUAGUCUGACUGUGUUCUGUUAUUUACUGACACUAUUCCUAAUACGUCUUCCUGCAAGUGUCCAGACAUCAUGUGGAGUGCAGCUCUUGGAGUGAAUUGAGGAACGGUGUAAAAAGACUUGAGAAACCAUUGAGACUGGGCCAGUGAAAGCUUCUACGUUACUUACAAAAGAACAUAAACGAUGGAUGUGAAUUGUUGGCCAUGAGUUGUUUCCUAGACUGCAUAGAAAUGAUUCCUCAUCUCCUCCUCUGCCUGUACCUGCCUUAAAAUGACUGCAAGAAUUUCUUUGGCAUGGUAACAUCAUAGAAGUUAAUAAAUUUAGUGGAAACCUUAGGUCACCUUGGAAAAUAACUAAACAGUCUUUUCAUUUUCAAACCCAAUUUAUGCUUCUUUUUGUGAUCAGAUUUAUGAUUUUAUAGUUCUUGUCCUGUUUAUCGACUUUAUUCCUUGCUAAGUGGUGUGACCUUUCAUUUCACUGCUAUCAGCUGUAUUUUCACUCUCUUUUAAACUGGGGCCAUAUGAUUAAUUGCAUUAUCACAAUAUGAGUUUUUACGAUAAACACAUGAACUGCAAUAACGCCUUGAAUAACGGUGAAAUCAAGUGGAGUAACCUGUGUGCAGCAACAGAGGGAGCUUGUCGCGCUGCUGACCUUAAUCUAGCUCUAGUCUUAGCAUGGUUAAAAGUGCCACGUGCCAAAAAAACUAUUAUUGGGCUUAAACUAGUUUAGGGUCUUAAUCUAUCAUGUUUGACAUUGAUAUGUAACUGUCUUAUUGCACUUCAUAUAUCUAUACAUGUCUAUAUGGUGCACACAGACCUCAAACUGCCGAAUGUGAAUGAUCAAAUAGUAGAUUAACAGGGUUUUUGGAGUGCUCCAUAAAAGCCUGUCAUCUAGAAUGUUAAAAAAAGUCUUUUUUCCCCUGUAAAUACAGUCUUAAGUUGAACAUGCUCAGAAAUACCACUGACCAGAACAAAUUACUAGUGUUUACUGGAGGUUGAUUGCUUGUACAUUUUAUGUAAUGUGGUGUCUAACUGGUUAUGUGUAAUGUUCACUACCUGGCAUCCUUCUGCAAGUAUGUGCAUGUACAUGUGCCCUCCAGCAGUUUUUGUACAGCACAGACAGUUCUUCAGAAGUCCCUCCCAACUUGGAGAUACAUUGUAUGUCCUAAUGAUUGUGGCCUUCAGUUCUUACAGAUUCAUUUAGCUACAUUAAUAGGCAGGCUUUUAGCAGUGGUCAGACUCUACCAUCAUCAACCCAAGAUCUUGGUAAAAAAAAUAAUGCAACACUGGAUUGAACUAAAUCUUGUGACAUUGCAGAAGCUUAUUGAAACAAUGCCACAGCGAAUGCAUGCCACAGUCAAAGCUAAGUCCAAAACCUUUUUUUUUGUUGUUUUGGUGAUAACCUUUUUUGGCCAGGCAGUGUAUCCUAAAAACUAUAAAGAACAUUUUAUUUUAUUUGGACCAUAUUUUGUUCAAAUACAGUAAAUAUCUAGAUUUUUUAAUAUUUAAUACUUAAAGCAUUUUAGGUGGGGCUGGUGUAUUUUAUUAUUACAGAGCAACAUAUUUCAGCUAUUAAUGUAAUAUCUCAGAAUAUAUCUAGGCGUGGCCACAACUUAUUAAGGCAUGGGAAUGAGCUCGUCAGGCGUGGCGACGAUUUAUUGAGGUGAAUGAGAUAAUUAGGGCAUGGGAAAGAGUUCCUAAUGCAUGGGAACGAGAUAAUUAAGACCUGGGCAUGGCUUAUUAUUCCUUUUGUUUUACAGCUAACAAAUAUCGAUUCACUAUUUAGCAAAUGACAGACCAUCGUUGCUCUUCCUAUUUGUGUUUAAACUGCUAAUUAAGGGUUUCUAAAGUAUUUACAACCUAAUUAAGAAUAAAUCCUUUACGAAGGAGCCUUAUUUUAAAGCACCAUAGUAUUGUAAACAGUGCUGGUGCUCUAUCUUAGUCAGGAGUUUAUACAAUAUCAUUUAUAUUAUAGUGAUCACACAUUUUAACAGUCCUUGUUUCUUGGCUGUAAUACCCUAUGCACUAACAUAGAAAUGACCUACAGGUAUAUGAACCUGAAGAUUAUCAUUCACACAUCUCUUAACUUACUUUCACUUUUAUUUCUCAGUUACUGAUGAUCACUUCUACAGAAACAGAAACUUAAGCCCUGUGUGAUGCAAUCUUCUUAAGCGUUUGUCUGAUGUGAGGGUGUUUAUGUAUAAAUGUACCACUAAUGUUAUCGGCAACAAAAAUGAUGAUGAUGAUUAUUAUUAUUCUUUUUAUUCUUCUUAUUAUUAGUAGUAUUACUUAUAGUGUUUGUGUUAUACAGGUGCACAGGUAUAUAAUGCAGUACACGUCACAGGAUCACGUGCCUAGAGCUAAAAAAGUGAGGGAUUGACAAAGAACUUCCUGAUUCUACUGUAGAACUUCGAGUAGUUUCUGAGUAUGGAACCAAUCAAAACGAGAGGUAGAGCUGCGGCUUCAGACGGCCCGAUUUCUGCACCACGAGAGGAAGCUGAAGACCUGAUGGUACAAAUUCGUCCUCAUCUCUUUCAUUACUGCAACAUCGUAGAAAGUAACAUAAUACAGGAAGAUGACUGGAGUUAUGCAUAGAACAUUUAGAUACAAUUACAGUUUUGUACACAUAUUACAUGUUCUUCUCUAAAGCCACAGCAAUAAUGAAAACAAAAAAAAAGAAAAAAAGAAAAAAAAGAAAUAAGUAAAAAAAAGAUAAAAAAAGAAAAGAAAAAAAGAAAAGAAAGAGAAAAGAAAAAACAAAAAAAAACAAGAAAAAAGAAAAAAAAAGAAAAAAAGAAAAAAAAGAAAUAAGUAAAAAAAGAUAAAAAAAGAAAAGAAAAAAAGAAAAGAAAGAGAAAAGAAAAAACUAAAAAAAAAAACAAGAAAAAAGAAAGAAAAGAAAGUAAAAAAGAAAGAGAAAAGAAAAUACAAAUGAAAAAACAAGAAAAAAGUAAAAAAAAAAAAAAAGAAAAGAAAGUAAAAAAAGACAACAAAAAAGAAAAAAAGAAAAGAAAAGAAAUGAGAAAAAAAGAUGGUACUUGAUCUUAAUUAAAGCUGUAAAGAACUGUAAUCUACCUAAAGCUCGUGUUUUUUAAGCACCUUGACUAAAGAUCCACAGUGCAGGCUAGAUAAAAUCUACACUUUUCUCAAUAAAAGGCAGUAAUAGAAAACCCAGUUACCAGAA